AUGCUGUGUGCACUCACCGUGGUGCUGACUGACUACGAAUCGCUGACGCUGCACUUCACCAGCGCGGUGGCUGUGAGGUGGCCAGCAAUGGUACCUUCAUGCUCUCUCGGGGCGGCGCUGCGCGUGGGCGGCUUCCUGGCGCUGGGCCGCGGACGCGCCGCGGCGCUCCUCUGCUGGGCGCUGCCCGCCGCGCUGCUCGCCGCCGCCGUCGCCGCGCUGCUGGCGGCCGACACAUUUUCUUUGCAAAGGUCGGCCGCUGGGCAGCCUUCAGUAACAGAUGUUCCUCAUGCCAAAGUACAACCUCUGCACCCUCCAACCAUGCCUCCGUCACUUCAGCAACUUCUUCACGAAUACGAUCACUCCGAUGAAAUUCACGGAUUUGAGAGAUUCGGAGCUAACACGGUGGAGGGGAAAGAGAACGACACGACUGCGAUAGAAACAUAUCUAGUCUACGAGAACUACAGCGACGAGAGAGGCGCUGCGAAAAACAUCCUGGAUUAUGAAAGCGAACAGGACUCAACGGAAUUCCGGGAACACACGGAACUAAUAAAUGACGUCGGCAACGAGACGGGCUCACCGGUGGACCACAAAGAGGAAAGCGAAGACAUCGACAAUUUCGUAGAUGUAGAUGAAGAGGUGGGACUGGAAGCCUUGAAGGAACGGCUGCAGGAAGCGAAAGCACGGGCGGCAGAGAACGAUGCGAGUGCCAAAUUACCUUCGCACACUCACCCCCGCUCGCAGUCAAAGCCCUUCCCGUUUCAGAUCAGACACGCACAUGCGCCUCAGCGCACGCGGCGAUCCUCGGAUCUUCAGUCUGUUAUUGGCGAUGAUCGAGGCGGCGGCGGCGGCGGCCCGGGGGCGGGGAGGGUGCGUGGGUGGCGCUGGACGGCGGGGGCGCUGGAGGCGGCGGGGCGGCGCUGCUGGCGGCGGCGGGGGGCGGCGCUGGCGGCGGCGGCGCUGCGCCCGGCCAGGGAGCUGCACGCGCGCGCCGCCAGGGCGCUGCUCGACACCAGCCCGCCCACGGCCGAGCGCCUCGCAGGGGGGGGUAGUGCUGUAAGCACGUACUUCGUCUGCUUGUGUAUUAAUCCACCUCCGUCUGCAACCGCCUUCUUUUGCCUCUGCUCAGGAGCGGCCCUGCGGGCGCUGGGGGCGGACUUGACGCCGUUGGACGAGGAACUGCCACGAAAGCUUCUGUCCGUCGCGGAGGCGGCGGCGUCGUGGGCGGGCGCGCUGGCGCUGCUGGCGUGGGCGCGGCCCGAGGCGCUGCUGCCCCUGGCGCUCGCCGCCCCCGCGCUGCGCCGCGCCGCGCGCCUCCACUGGGCGGCCGCCGCCGCGCGCGCGCCGCGCCUGCACCACGGUCAGUACCCCCCGGCGCGACGCGCGCUUUUCGCGCUUGCUGGCGGCCGACGACUGCGGGAGAUGAGCGUUUGGCGGCGUCUCUACGUUUCCCUGGCGACGGCCUUGGCACAAGGGCCAAUCCGGUGUCAGUUACGACAGUAUCCGCCGACCCGCGUUGCCGAUGAAUUGUAUACAUCGCCACGAGCACGGCCAAAAGCGUUAGUUUGGUUACGAGCGUGGGCGCCGCGCCCAGUCUUGGACCUGAAUAAAACAUAA